GAGCUUCAAGGCGGUCGUUCACCUCAGCUCCGCUGCCACCUUCAGAUCAGCUUCCUUCUAUCUUGCCUCAUCUCCGAUUGACGUCUCUCUACCUCUCACGACCCUAAUCUCUUCCUAAUCCCUCUCUCCUGCCCUUGCCUCACAUCUCACCAUCCCCGGUUCCACCAUGGAGAACCAAAGGAUCACUGAUUUCCUCGCCGACCAGCUCCAGCAAGCUCCCGAGCAGAGCCAGGCCUUGUUCCUGACCUUGGAAGACUACUGGGAGCGCAAACUAUGGCACCAACUCACCGAUUCCCUGAUCGAAUUCUUCCAGCUACCAGAGAGCGGUCCGCAGCGACUACCAAUAUUCAAGAACUUCGUCCUCAGCUUCGCCGACAGAAUCAACCAGCUCAAGUUCGUCUCGCUGGGGUUGAUGGCAUCGACGGAAUGUGCAGAUGACAAAGAACGCCUCUCUUUCCUCACAUCGCUGGCCGACAAGGUCAACAAGCCCGAUAGCCAAGAUGCUUACAUCUACGCCCUCGCAGACGUCGCCAACGUCAAGCAACGACUACAAGAUCUGGACGGUGCACAGAAGGACCUGGAGAUCUGUCAGAAGGUGCUAGAUACGUUUGACUCGGUCGAGACUGUUGUUCACGCCUCCUUCUACAAAGUCAACGCAGAUUACUACCACACCAAACAAGAAUUUGCCUCCUUCUACAAGAACGCCCUCCUCUACCUCGCAUGCAUCGACCUGGAGGACCUCAGCGACUCGGAACGGGUAUCGCGGGCGUACAACCUGAGCGUGGCGGCGCUGGUGUCGGACACGAUCUACAACUUCGGCGAGCUGCUGCUGCACCCGAUCCUGGACUCGCUGACGGCGACGCCGCACAGCUGGCUGCGCGACCUGCUGUUCGCGUUCAACCGCGGCGACCUGACGGCGUACGACGUGCUGGCGGGCAACAUCGCCAAGAACCAGCUGCUGGAGCAGCACCGCAUCUUCCUGUACCAGAAGAUCUCGCUCUCCGCGCUCACCGAGAUGGUCUUCCGCCGCCCGCCCCACGACCGCAACCUGACCUUCGCCGCCAUCUCCGCCGAGACCAAGGUCAAGCCUCAGGAGAUCGAGCACCUGAUCAUGAAGGCCCUCUCGCUCGGCCUGCUCAAGGGCGCCAUCGACCAGGUCGCCCAGGUCGCCCAGAUCAACUGGGUCCAGCCCAAGGUCCUGGACAUGAAGCAGAUCGAGGGCAUGCGCAAUCGUCUCAAGGACUGGGAUGCCGGCGUCAACCAGUUGGGUCACUGGAUCGAGGGUGUCGGUAAGGAUGUAUGGGCGGCUUGAGAGAAACACAGAUAGAUUCAUAUACCUUUUUCGAACCUGCCAAUUAACAGGCCACCUAAACAAACCACGUUUUAUGUCCG